UUCCCCUCGCAACCCUACAUUAAAUAUAAUCCUAGUUGCUCCCAUUUUCAACGAUCUGUUGCACCAUCAAUCUUGGCUUCAAAGGAGGAUUGUUUGCAUUAGGAGUGUUGCGAUCCAGUCUGGUGGCUAAGCUUAGUCCGCUGGUCGUGCGCUCCCAAAAGAAGAGCAUUAUGAAGAAGCUCGUCCAUUUUGAUGUUAUUGUCUAGGUCAGGAGAGGAGAAAGAGGAAAAAAGAACGAAGAAAUUUGCAUGUGAUGCUGCUUCUACAAGCAACGAACAGCUCAUCGUUUUCCAUCAUGCCCACUAUCAUUGCACUGGCCUUCUGAUGAAGAUGGGAGUGACGAGACCCAUCUUUUUACUGAGGAAAGGAGUGUGAAGGUGCUUCCAUCUUUCCCAGAAGCCAAGAAGACUAGAAGAGCUGCUCGUUCUUCGAGUCUAACUAUUCUCCAAGUAUUGCUGUGAAGUGACUGUAGAAAAUGGAAGGGAAGUUCGUCGUUUUUCUGACAAUUCUCUUGUUGGAAUCGAUUUGCUUGAAUGUCUUGGCAAAACCCGAAGAGGAUAAGCGAGCAUUACUGGAUUUUCUUGGCAAUGUUUCCCUCUCGCGCGCUCUCAAUUGGAACAAGGAUUCUUCUGUUUGCCAGUCCUGGACUGGGGUCACGUGUAAUAACGACCAAUCGAGGGUCAUCGCCCUCCAGUUGCCUGGAGUGGGGAUCAGCGGUCCAAUACCACCGAACACGCUGAGUCGCUUAUCGGCACUUCAAAUUCUGAAACUCAGAUCGAAUAGUAUAUCGGGAUCAUUGCCGUCUGAUUUUUCCAAGCUCAAGAAUUUGACUGGCCUUUAUCUCCAGAGCAACAACUUCUCGGGUCCAUUGCCUUCGGAUUGGUCCGUUUGGCCGAACCUCACCGUUGUUAAUUUGUCUAACAACAAAUUCAAUGGGAGCAUACCCUCUUCAAUAUCCAAUUUGACAUACCUCGCGGCUUUGGAUCUGGCGAAUAACUCGCUUUUUGGAGAAAUUCCUGAUUUUAAUCUCCCAAAUCUGCAGAUGCUGGAUUUGUCCAACAAUGAUCUUGCAGGACGCGUGCCUCGGUCGCUUCAAAGGUUCUCUAGUCAGACAUUUGCAGGAAACGAUGUUUCCUUCGAGGAUGAUGCAUCACCUUCGGCUCUUCCAGCUAAACCUCCUAGCGUCGGACCACCCAAAAAAGCCAGCAAACUCAGCGAACCGGCACUUGUAGGAAUCAUCAUCGGUGGUUGCAUACUCGGAGUCGUGGCAAUUGCUCUUUUCAUGAUCGUGUUCUGUUCGAGUGGAGGAAUCAAAAGGAGAGCAUUGCUGAAGUCGCAGAAGCAAGAAGUGUCUCAAAAGAAGAGAGGGGUCGCCGAGAGCCAAGAAAAGGACAACAAGAUCGUGUUCUUCGAGGGCUGUAACUACGCAUUCGAUCUCGAGGACUUGUUGAGAGCUUCUGCCGAGGUGCUUGGGAAGGGGACGUUCGGGGCGAGCUACAAGGCGUCCCUGGAGGACACGACCACGAUGGUGGUUAAGAGGCUGAAGGAGGUGAGCGCGGGCAGGAAGGAGUUCGAGCAGCAGAUGGAAAUGGUCGGGCGCAUCAGACACGAGAACGUAGCUCAACUCAGGGCGUACUUCAGCUCGAAGGACGAGAAGUUGCUCGUGUACGAUUUCUACGGCGAAGGGAGCGUGUCGUCUCUGUUACACGGCAACGUACGCGAACGCCGGGGUCCCCUGGACUGGGAAACUCGCCUGAAAAUCGCGAUCGGCACCGCACGAGGCAUCGCUCACGUCCACACGCAAAACGGCGGAAAGCUCGCCCACGGCAACAUAAAGUCCUCGAACAUAUUCCUAAACUCCGAGGGAUUCGGCUGCGUGUCGGACGUCGCCUUGGCUCCGAUGAUGAACCAGAUCCCCCUGCCGCUGAUGCGCAUCUCCGGCUACCGUGCCCCGGAGAUCACGGACAGCAGGAAGCCGUCGCAGGCGUCGGACGUCUACGGCUUCGGGGUCCUGCUGCUGGAGCUCCUCACGGGGAAGUCCCCGGUGCACGCCACGAGCGGCGACGAGGUGGUCCACCUGGUCCGGUGGGUGAACUCGGUGGUCAGGGAGGAGUGGACCGCGGAGGUGUUCGACAUGGAGCUCCUGCGGCACCCCAACAUCGAGGAGGAGAUGGUGGAGAUGCUGCAGAUCGGGAUGGCCUGCGUCGCGAGGAUGCCCGAGCAGCGGCCGAGGAUGCCCGACGCGCAGCGGAAGGUGGAGGAGAUCCGCCGCGUGCACACCGCGACGCAGCCGACCCCGGAGAUCAAGUCCCCGGGAUCAUCGGCUUCCGCUCCGCCGUCCCCGGCGGGGUCCCCGCCGCCCUCGGCGCGACAGCCUUAGAAGGGGUCUUAUUUUUUUUGGGGGUCAAUUCAAUCU